AUGACGCGAACCGCGCCCAACUGGGGCCCGAAGCGUCUUUUGGCCUUGGCCACCGCAUUUGCCUCUGGCACCCUCGCCGACUCCAUCCUCAAGACAAGCAGCUUCACGACUUGCGGCAACGAUACCGCGAUUUCCGUCCAGAAGAUUGACAUUCAGUACAACAACGACAACAAGACCGUCACCUUCGAUGUAGCAGGAACGAGCUCCAAGGUUCAGAACGUCACAGCCAUCUUGGAUGUCAGCGCCUAUGGCACUGCCAUCUACUCCAACACCUUCAACCCAUGCGAAGCAGGAACCUUUGUCGAGCAGCUCUGCCCUGUCCCCGCCGGCAGCUUCUCUGCUCGUGGCACUCAAAAGAUUCCUGAUGAGUAUGCCAGCAUGGUCCCGGAUAUCGCCUUCGCAGUCCCCGAUAUCGCCGCUCAGGCUAAGCUUCAGCUCAAGACCCUCGAUACCAACGAAGAGGUCGCCUGCAUCACGUCCCAGGUCACCAACGGUAAGACCGCCAGCGUCGCUGCCGUCUCUUACAUUGCCGCCGGUGUUGCUGGUCUCGCUCUUGUCGCCACUGGUGUGUCUGCAGUCAGCUCUGCUUUCGCUGGAGGCAGUGCCGCCCUCAGUGGCAGCGGCACUGGAGGUGCUGGUACCAUCAGCCCCAGUUUCACAGAGGUUUUCGGAUGGUUCCAGGGUAUGGCCAUGAACGGCAUGCUUUCUGUCAGCUACCCUCCCGUCUACAGCAGCUUCGUCAAGAACUUUGGCUUCUCUUGCGGCAUCAUUCCCUGGACCGACAUGCAGGUCGCUAUUGACAACUUCCGUGGUGCGACCGGCGGUGAUUUGAGCAAGGACAGCGUUGAGAUCCUCAAGAACAGCACUCUCAUUCUCGCCGACGGCUCCACCGUCGACGGUGGCAGCGCCCUAUUCAAGACCAAGCGUGCCGUCGAGACAUUCCAAGCCCUCGUCCUCAGAGAGAUUGAGACCAGCGUCAACGGUACCACCAGCGGUGACUCUGACGACCCGGUCACUACUAUCAAGCAGAAGGUUCAGGGUAUUACUGCCUUUGUCAACACUCUCAGUGUCCCCAAGUCCAACACCUUCAUGACCGUUCUCCUCAUCGUCGCCAUCGUCAUUGCCGCCAUCAUUGUCGGAAUUCUCCUCGUCAAGGUCAUUCUCGAGUUCUGGGCCCUUUUCGGUAACUUCCCUAAGGGUCUUGCCGGAUUCCGUGAGCACUACUGGGGAUCUAUUGCCCGUGCCAUCACCUCGCUCAUUAUGUUGCUGUAUGGUAUCUGGGUUUUGUACUGCAUCUUCCAGUUUACCAACGGUGAUUCAUGGGCUGCCAAGGUUCUUGCCGGUGUCAGUUUGGGUAUCUUUACUGGCAUUCUCGCCUUCUUCUCCUACAAGAUUUGGAGCACUGCUCGCAAGCUGAAGCAGGCCGAGGGCGAUGUCAGCGGUCUCUACGAUGACAAGAACAACUGGAUGAAGUACAGCCUCUUCUACGAGUCCUACAAGAAGGACUACUGGUGGAUCUUCGUCCCCGUCAUUGUCUACCUGUUCGCCAAGGGUUGCAUUCUUGCUGCUGGCGAUGGCCACGGCAUGGCACAGACCUCUGCCCAGCUUGUCGUUGAGGGUCUCAUGCUAUGCCUUUUGCUGUGGAGCCGUCCCUUUGAGCGCAAGUCGGGCAACGUCAUCAACAUCACCAUCCAGGUCGUCCGCGUCCUCUCGGUUGCCUGCAUCCUCGUCUUUGUCGAGGAGUUUGGCAUUGCGCAGACCACCCAGACCGUCACUGGCGUUGUCUUGAUUGCCGUCCAGUCCGCUCUGACCGGUGUGCUCGCUCUUCUGAUCAUGUGGAACGCGAUCAACGCCUGCUGCAAGGAGAACCCCCACCGCAAGCGCAGAAAGGAGAUGGAGAAGAUGCAGCGCGACAUGGACACCCUCACUCCUCUGGACGCCCGCAACUCCCUCCUCAUGGACCGCAAGGAUCCCGAGGCCGGUACCACCUUCUCCAUGUCGAGCGUCCCCGAGAAGAAGGACCACCGCCCGGAGUCUCCCGACCACUACAUGGGCGCAGCGGGCAAUGCUCCCUACCGCCCUCUGGCGCCAAGCACGCCUUAUGGCAACGCCCACCACGACCAGAGCCGCGAGAACCUCGUCCUCGGCGCGGCACCCAUCGCCGACCGGGCGCCAACACUGCCCAACGUGGGCGGCGACUUCAACCACAACCCCCACGGCGGCUAUGGUGGUGGCGGGUACCGGGGUGUGUAUCACUGA